AUGGAAGAGGAAUUGACCAGAAAAGAACUGCUGGAAAAGCUGGAAAAGUUGAAUCAUGAAAUCAACGAAUACUUCGAUUUGGACCUUGAAAGAGCCAAGAAAAGAUUCAGAUUGGUACGCUAUGGAACCAAACUAGCUGUGGUAGAUAAAAUAGCGGAAAAAACCGCGGCAAUCGACAACUGGAGACUCAAUCUCAGGACGAACUUUGGAAUUGCAGAAUCUCGGUUUCGGAAAAUUUGGGAAGCAUUACAGAACAACAUGGAGCUGGAUUUAUGCGCUGUGAAGGAUUCGCUCGGUAACAUGCGGAUCUUUCAAGUACAAAAGUUGGGUGCCACUGUGGAAAACGUCAGCUUGUCAUGUAAUGAAAUCAAGGCCAUAGACGAAAAUUUCGAGGAGUUCAAAUCUACACUGCAAGCGCUGAAUGUUUCAGAACAGUCUUACCGAGACUACUUGCACUGGCUGCGGGUACUUUGCGGUGGGUGGUCCGAUGUCUAUGAACAACUGCCGAAAAUAGUAUGGAAUCAUAAUAAAUACCAAUGGGUUGGGAACACGUAUCGGGUGAGUGUGGCCCCACGCAACAUGAAUUCUUAUGCAGCCUACUGCAAGUUUUUCGCCAGACUUGGCGUGUGUACGAACUCCAAUUGCAGGUUCGCACACGACCCACGUACGGUCUCCAUUUGUAGGGAUUUUUUCACAACGGGCCAUUGCAAAUACGGCGACAAUUGCCGGUUGACGCACCCGCCAGGAAACGAAUACGUGCUUCCAGAUUGUCCCAAACAUGCUGUUGGCGAAUGUGAAUUUGAAGUUGGAGCCGAGCAGGAAUUCAAGAUCCAGAAGUCGACAGAACCGAGAAAGCACUGCCAAUACGUCCACACAAAGACCCGCGAUUCCCGGUAUCCGAUCUGCCGACAAUUUGCACACAUCGGCUACUGCUACCGGGGUCUGUCGUGUCUAUUUCCACACCUUAUGAAGUGUCCAGACGCUCACUACACACAACGAUGUUUCCUGAUGCAUUGCAAAUACCCGCAUUCUGAGAAUGAAAAUCCCCCACGGGACCCCGUUUGUUUGAGUCUCGCCGAAAUACCAAUUGAAAAGUACCUACUGCCACCGCUGCGCAAAAAGGAUUCUCGCACUACUUCAAUCACCGCUCCCUCGUGGUACGGACUUCGACCAUCCCAGGCCACCACCAGCGUCAGCGUUGGUGCCGAAAGAAAUGAUUUUUCUGGAGACCCAUCGCACUUACAAUUAACUCUCGGAAGUUCCGAAGACGAUGAAGUUGAACAAGAUGAAUCCAGCUCCUCUCCCGACACAUCAGAAACGUCUCAAUAUUCUAGCGAUGACGGCGAUGACAUGAAUGCGGAUUUUAUCAAAUUGUGA